GUAGUCGGGUCUAAAAACCUUUUCCAAACCCUAAAAGAUCCCUAGCGCAAAGAAAGAAUCAGAGGAAUAGAAACCAAGACGGAAGCAAUAGCAGUCGCAUCUAAGAAAAUAUGGCGAAAUCCAUGAGAUCGAAGAGAGAGAAGAGGCUUAGGGCUAUAAGGAGAGAGAUAGUCGAAACGCAGCCGUUCUACCAGAAGAAAGAUGAGGCCAAGCUCGCUGCACAAGAAGCUGCUCUUGCUGCGCCUAAGCUACCCGUCCGCCCGAUUCCGGGCUCGUCUACUUCUAUGGAGAUAACCACCACGACUACCCCGACAACGACGACGAACAGUAUGGAUGUGGAGACGGGUGAUGGACAUCAAAGUAAGGAAUCCUUGAAGCCUGUUGGUGGAAUAGGGAAGAAGUUGAAGAAGAAGUUCAAGUUGGGGAAAAAGAAGCGCCGGGGAAAGGGUAAGAUCAGGGGAAAACAUAACAUUUGAUUUAACUAACAAAAUAGUAGCACUUAUUCUUCUCUCUUGCUGUAUUGUUUUCUUGGAAAACUUGGCCCAAGAAUUUCAUUUUCAGUUGUUUGUUGCAAAUAAUUCUGUCGUUGAUUGUUUACCAAGCUUUAGAAAUCUUGACCCACAAGAAUGAAAUUCACUUAGCAAGUA